AUGCCUAGAAUUCGAAACGAUCCUAAUUUCAAUGUCUGCCUGGACUACGCUACACUUCCUUAUGCUGUCGCUCGGGAACAAAUCGUGAAUGAACAAGUCACUGAAGCUCAAGCAGUUCAAUUUCUACGGAAUAUAUGGGAGGCCGCAAACAAUGCCGAGAAGGCAUUGUGGCUGGAGCAAGUUGAAGCUGACAGAGAGCAACACGACCAACUUCGUUUUCUUCAGGAAGAACAAGAAGAGAUACAGGAACACGAGAAGCUAGCAGAGGAAGAGGCGGUGCGAAAAGAAGAAAAGAAAAAAUACAAACAUAAGUACACGCCCAUUCAAGCUUCUGGAGUUCCGGACGAGCCCACUAUCACGCCAUCAGCAUACGCGAUUCACAAAUUGGACAAAGGCGAAUAUGUGGAAUUAUGGUAUUUUACCAACAAUGGUCUCGACAAGGCGCACGUUAGGAAGACCACCAUUGAAGAGGAUGCGAUGGUAUUAUCAUCUCUCCCUGACGGUUCAACAGCAUGGGUAUCUUCUGCUUCGGCUCGCAACGCUUCAUCCGUCGUCAAUGACGAGGACCUUUCUUUUGAGGACUUUUGUCAAGCGUGCCCUAGGUUUAUAGCCGCCAUAGAAGAAGCCGACUGGCCACCAGAUCGCGUCAGAAUGUUAGCGGUUUUUUGGAAAAACCUACAGCACAGAAGAUGCUACUUGCCUAUCAAGCGGAACAGUGGAAACGCUGGCAUGUAG